AUGGAUCUCUUUCGCAGAAACAACGCACUCAGUCUCAAUGACAACACCGUCAAUGGUGCCACGGCAGACAUUGCCAUCACGACACAUGGAUCCGACUUCUACUUCGCGAUUUGCGCCGCCAUGGGCUUCUCUGGGUUUUGUUUCCUAGGUCUUGCCUACCGUAAACAGCGUCGUGACCGUCUUUUCCACUACAUCACCGCAGCUGUAGUCUUUGUCGCAUGCAUCGCCUACUUCACAAUGGGAUCCAAUCUAGGCUUCACACCGAUUGCAGUCGAGUUCCCCCGCAGUGACCCCAAGGUAGCAGGAACUUACCGUUCGAUAUACUAUGUCCGUUACAUUGACUGGUUCAUCACGACACCUCUUCUGCUCCUCGAUUUGCUUUUGACUGCAGGCAUGCCAUGGCCGACUCUGCUUUGGGUUAUCAUGGUUGACGAGAUUAUGAUUGUUACUGGUCUGAUCGGUGCCCUUAUCGACAACCGCUACAAGUGGGCUUAUUUCGUUUUUGGUUGUGUUGCUCUCUUCUACAUCGUUUACCAUCUAGUAUGGGAAUCGCGUAUCCAUGCCAAAUCCUUCGGCCGCGAUGUUGAGAGGACCUUCAUGAUGUGCGGAAGCCUGACGGCUCUGCUUUGGAUCUUGUAUCCAGUUGCAUGGGGAGUGUGUGAGGGCGCCAACCUCAUCGCCCCCGACAGUGAAGCCGUCUUCUACGGUGUACUUGACUUCCUAGCCAAGCCUUGCUUCGGCGCCCUCCUUUUGUGGGGCCACAAGGACAUUGACCCAGCCCGUCUCGGCCUCUCCAUCCGAGACUACGAUGGUGAUGCUAUGGUCCAUGAGAAGCGCAAACCUGAGGCCUUGAACAACGGCCAAACCGCUACCCACCCUGAUGGCUACAAUGGAACCGCUCCUCACGUCGACAACACUGUUUAG